AUGAGCCCUGUGCUGUCAGAGCUCCUGAGAGAGCUUCCAGGCUGGUUCCUGUUCUCUGGCAUCUUCCUGCCUGUGACUUUGCUGCUGCUCCUUCUCAUCGCCUACUUCAGGAUCAAGCUGAUGGAGGCGAAUGAAGAACUGUCACAGACUCCUGAUCACCAACACAGUCUCAGCGCUAGCUCUUCCCCCUGCCAGAGAAAGAAGCGGACGUGA